AGUUUCCUAUGUACCGACAAAAUUCUCAUACAUUUCCUCUAAAAAAACCUCUAUAAUACGGACCUUCUCUAAAACGGACAACGGACACUAAAUCUUGUCCCCAGGGAGCAAAUUCAUACAAAUUUAACCUCUUUAUUACAGACUCCGGGGUUACACAUUGACACGUUAUCAUUCAGCGAUGCCAAUACCAGAACACAUCAAAAUGUUAGUUUUCAAAACCUACAAACAAUACAGACUUAAAAGUGACGUCAUCAUAGUGACCUCUCCAAUUAUCGGACACCUCUCUAAUACGGACACUUCGUUCUGUCUCUUCGCUCUCCGUUUUAGAGAGGUUCGACUGUAUCUAACGUUGCUGAACUGAUUUUUUUUUCUGUCAUCAUUCUCAAUCUCAAUAAUUCCAGAUUCCGCUUUCCUAUUUCCCGACUUUCCCAUAUCAUUUUGGUUUUUGGUUUUCGGUUUUGAGUUUCCGGUCUCCGGUUUUAGGGUGGGCCGUGACCGAGUGAUGAUGUUUUCUAACAUUUCGCCAGACUCAGUCUGAAUUAUCAUACAAUUAAAAGAAGAAAUUCAUAAUUCAAAAAACGUAGGGAAGGGUCUUUGGGUUUUUUUUUUUGGCUUUGCAGUUUCCUGAUGCCCGAACAGGUGAAUGGUUCUUCUUUGUUGCUCUGACGACCGGGCAACCCUCGAAAAAUCAGCUUCCCAAACGUUUUACGGCGGUCAAUUUUCGUUAAUAGUUGAUCGUAUGUAUCCUUUAUAUUUGGACAAGUUUCAAAAGAAAACCCCUCCCCUCCCUGGGCCGUCGAAUUUUUGACCAGAAGUCCCCAGACUCCUGCCAGUCAUUUGUCUCUCAACAUGGACUGUCGAAAGUUUGUUUUGCUCUGCGCCGGGUUAUUGUCGGUCGGUUUGGCUGAAAAUAGGGAAACCAAAAGUCAGGAUGAUGACCAUUAUAAAGAAGGAGACUCCUACUUUUCAACACGUUACGAAUCUCACCCACAUACGUGUAGAAAACCUGGAAAUUGCGAGGAGGUAGAUGGCAGAGCUCAGCAGCAGUGCUGGGGAUAUGAAGCAGGCUGUAACUCACCAGACAAGUGGUUCACAAAACCACACUGUGAUGAUAAUAUGUUUGGGAGACAUUUUAGAACGAUUGAGGACAAAGUUUACCAGUUCUGGAAGGAAGGUGAUUUUGGUUAUGUGAAAUCUGUUCGGGAUAACCUACGAUUUGUAUGUAAACCUAGGGAAAAUGAGGUGGAUAGUUCCUCACUUGUGUGCUCCGAACAGUUGACUUACUGUAAAGCUGAACACUUAUACAUGGAUCUUAGGAACAACGAAAAUCAGGAUAGGUCACAAUCAAAUGUUUUUAAGCCUCAGAAAAUUGGUGGGUUUUGUAACAUAGAUUCUAACACCCUCAGCGAAGAUGGAAAAUACAGAAUGGAGCUUAGUUCAUGGUUAAAUGAACUGGAGGACUUCUCCUCAUUGCCUUUUAAACCAAACCAGGAGAAGCACUGUGAUGUCAGAGUGGAAAAACCAACAUUCUUUAUGAAACUGGAUGCAGUUGUAAAUAUGUACCAUCAUUUCUGCGAUUUCUUCAAUCUGUAUGUCACACAACAUGUGAAUGGAUCCUUUGAUACUGAUGUAAAUAUUGUAUUGUGGGAAGAGCAUGCAAGAAGAAGUUUAGGGAAUUUUGGAGCAACGUGGAAAGCAUUUACAUCCAACCCAGUGCUUUAUCUUGGCAAGGAAUAUAAACACAAGCAGGUGUGUUUUAAAGAGGCAAUCUUUGCCCUUCUCCCUAGAAUGGUGUUUGGUUUGUACUAUAACACACCUUUGACUCCAGGUUGUUCUAAAAGUGGUCUUUUCAAGGCAUUCUCAGAGUAUGUGAUGGGCAGACUUGGCAUUAUUCAGGAAAAAAAGUUGCAGAACAGCAGUGAGCCGAUCCGUGUAACACUACUAUCUAGAGGGACAAAGUUUAGGAAAAUAUUGAAUGAGGAAGAGAUUAUUCAUGCCUUGGAAACAUACCCUGGAGUGAAGUUGAAUGUGUCACAAUAUUCUUGGGACAUGCCUUUUCUUGAACAGCUCAAAAGAAGUCACAACACAGACAUAUUUAUAGGAAUCCAUGGAGCCGGGCUCUCUCAUGCUCUCUUUAUACCAGACUGGGCAAAUCUGUUUGAGCUAUACAACUGCGGUGACAUGAAUUGUUAUCGGGAUUUAGCAAGACUAAGGGGAGUAUCUUACAUAACGUGGGAAGACAAUGAUAAAAUUGUUGAACUUACUGAGGAGCUCCAUCCACAAUACAAAGAUCAUCCCAAGUUUAGGAACUACGCUUUUGAUGUGCGUGAAUUUAUGAGGCUAGUGGAGAAGGCGGUGAUUAAAGUUAGGCAGUCUAUCGAUGAUUACAAAAAACAUCAUAGCAGCUGACACAAAGCAAUUUAGCCGAGUUUGAUGACGUUAAAGGAUGUCUAGAAGUGUUGGUUCAACUGGGAGCAAGCUAUGUGGAGUCCAGCCUCACAAGCCUUACCAGCUCAAAACGAUCUUACCCACACAGAGAGAGUAUUCAAGAGUGACAGGACGUGAAUAUGUCACGUGAGAGGACCUAUAGAGGUUUACAAAGGAUCAGUUCUAGAGACUACAGCCACAAAUAUUAUGACUGAAAGUACAGAUCGGACGAUAGUCCAGAGACAAAUGACGCGUCAGGCUACAGUUGUGCCAGUUUCACCCGAAAGACAGAAUCUCUAGCGAAGCUAAUCAGUGAACAUCAAGGGCGGGGGAAUGCUUCCUCCGGCAAUAACGAUCAUGCAAAAAGAAAGACUGUUUUAAGCCGUGAAACAACAUUAACAAUUAGCCCUAUAUAGUCAAACCUACAGUCGGAACUCCCCUUUUGGACACCUUUUUGUUCCGGACAGUUUCCCUGGUCGCGACGAAAUGCCCAUCCCCUCUCUAAUACGGAAAACAGACACUAAAUCUCGGUCCCAAAUAAAAUUCAUAAACGUUACCUAUAUCGUGAACGAUUUGCAUUGCACCUUAAAGACGUGCUUGGGUCAGUUUUGACUCCUGGGGAAGAAGACUUUGAACCACAAGUGGAGCCUUUGCAAUAGGCCACGUUCGAUAUGUCAACAUUCUAACAUGGCUCCGAGGCUUUCGGGACAAACGUCUAUAUUUGGUGACUUGAAUAAUACCGAUACAUCUCUAACAGAGGAAUCGUUUGUAAUAUUUGUUCCACUAGCGUAAGCGAUUUAUUUUCUGACCGAGCUAGAGAAAUGCCAGUUCUAGAUAUUAAAAUGAUAUAGCACAGUUAAA